CUUAGUCAUAUGUCAUUUAAAAUAAUUUGGGUGUAGCGAAAUUCUAGAACUUUUUCAAUCCGAGAACAUCGGCCUUUAUAAACAAAGUUAAACCCGGAAAAUAGUGAAAAUGACCGCCCCCAGUGCCGCCGGUGAUGCAAGCAAAGGCAGAAAUGUCGCCUACAAGGACAAAAGCAAACCCGGAGAUGUCAGGAGUUCUAAUAUUAAUGCCGCCAAAGCUGUUUGUGAUGCCAUCAGAACAAGUUUGGGCCCCAGAGGAAUGGAUAAAAUGAUCCAAUCAGCAAACGGCGAAGUUACAAUCACAAAUGAUGGGGCUACAAUCUUAAAACAAAUAAAUGUUAUUCACCCUGCUGCGAAAAUGUUGGUGGAAUUGUCCAGAGCCCAAGAUGUUGAGGCUGGUGACGGUACCACCACUGUAGUUGUUAUCGCAGGAGCUCUUUUAAAUGCAGCAGAAAAACUGCUCAGCAGGGGUAUUCACCCUACUGUUAUUUCAGAUAACUUCCAGAAAGCUGCUGUUCAUGCAGUGAAUAUCCUAAACGAAAUCUCUAUCCCGGUGGUACUAAAAAACCGCGACCAACUGCUGCAAAGCGCCUCCACCUCGCUAAACUCCAAAGUGGUGUCGCAACAAUCCUCCUCUCUGGCGCCCAUAGCCGUCGACGCGGUGCUAAAAAUCGUCGAGACGGGUCGCGAGCAGGCUUGCAACCUGUCGGACAUAAAGGUGAUCAAGCAGCUGGGCGGCACCACCGAAGACACCGAGCUGGUGGACGGCUGGAAAAGGCCAAGAUCGCGCUCAUCCAGUUCUGCAUUUCCCCCCCCGAAAACCGACAUGGACCACAACGUGAUCGUGUCGGACUACGCGCAGAUGGACCGCGUGCUGAAGGAGGAGCGCGCCUACAUCCUCAACAUCGUCAAGCAGAUCAAGAAGGCCGGCUGCAACGUGCUGCUGAUCCAGAAGUCGAUUCUGAGAGACGCCGUCUCGGAUCUGGCGCUGCACUUUUUGGACAAGAUCAAGUGCAUGGUCGUGAAGGACGUCGAAAGGGAGGACGUCGAGUUUGUUUGCAAGACGCUGGGAUGCCGCCCGAUCGCCUCCUUGGAUCAUUUUGUGCCCGAAAGUCUCGUCAAUGCCGAUUUGAUUGAAGAGGUCGGCUUUGGUGGCAACAGGAUGGUCAAAAUUACAGGUGUGCAAAACCCAGGUAAAACCGUCACAAUCCUCGUCAGAGGCUCCAACAAAUUGGUCCUCGACGAAGCGGAACGUUCCUUGCACGACGCACUCUGCGUAAUUCGUUGCCUGGUCCGCAAACCGCACGUUAUCGCCGGAGGCGGCGCGCCGGAAAUCGAGUUGGCCAUAAAGUUGGCGAAGCUGGCCAACACCAGCGAAGGCGUGGCGCAGAUUUGCCUCAGGGCCUACGCGGAAUCCCUCGAGAUCGUUCCGUUCACGCUCGCGGAGAACGCCGGUCUCAACCCCAUCCAAACGGUGACGGAGUUGAGGUCCAAGCACGCCAAAGGGGAGUCCACGGCCGGUAUUAACGUCAGAAAGGGUACCAUUUCCAACAUUCUCGAAGAAGACGUCGUGCAGCCACUUUUGGUUACCGUAAGCGCGAUCACUUUGGCCACCGAAACCGUCAGAUCCAUUUUGAAAAUUGAUGAUAUUGUUAACACCUUCACAUAAGCAUUUCUGUCGUUUUUUGAGCUAACUUUUUUUACUUAACUCAUUAACUUAUUAUUGCGUUCAUCCCUUUAGUUAACGUUUCACUGUAAGAGCUUUACAAUUUACACAAUAAAAUCGAUUUUUAAAAUACAUAAAACUGUUUUAUUUCUACCUUUUUAGUGAAAAACUCU